GUCCUUAUCAUCUGCUGCUUUAGUCAGGGCUGCAACCACCAUCAAUGGGAAAUUUUCAAGCACCGAUUCUUCAGGCGGAUUGUCCACUAUACCCUAAAAGCUGCAAUUUGUUGGGGAACUAAGACCCGACAUCGGAAAAAUACACACAAAAUUGGCUGAUUUACACGGUCCGAUUUGUCGGUGCGAUUUUUGUGAAAGCUCAUUGGGUGCUGGCCCGACUUUUAAACAGAUUUUCAAGUGUCGUUCCCGAUUCUUUCUUUUUUUUAUAAUACUGAAUCGAUGUAAAUCCCCCUGUAUGGGAGGGGGCUAACAUUUGAACGCUCCCCCUCCUGGAUGCGAGCCUGUAGUGAUAGUAAGAUAGAUAUUUAUUUACCAUCAACGUUAACAAAUUAAGUGUAUUGGUUUGAAAAAAAGUGAAUAGCAUUUAGGCAGCUAUUUUGCGAUAGGUUCACUUUUAAAUAGCAGAGAAAAAGAAAUUAAAGGAAUUCAAUUUCCAAGGAAAACCACGUUAUUUGCUAAUUAAAGAUUAAUUCCACGCUGAAGAAAAACUCGAUAAGGUAUAUUGAUAUUAACUCUUCCAUUAACUUAGUGUUCAGCAAACAUGUAGAACUAAUCCUUUUUGGAGCAUUUAGAUCAAUAUACUUAGGAAACAAGUCUCAGAGCCCUUGAGUAUUCCACGUCAUGAGUGUAAAUCAUGAGUUUUAGGUUGACCACUGAUGUACGAGUAUAGCCUGAGCUCUACACCAGGUGUGAGGAAGAUCUCCUGUUCAUUUAUUCAUAAGGAAACUACAAUUAAAGCGCCGAGCCAAAGUGGAAAGGAAGCAAAUGGUAUCCGCACGCUAGGCAUGACUUCUCAGUCUUCUCAGAGGUGAUAUUCUUUAUUAGGGAUUUUAUAGUGAUCGAAAUCUCGCAGAAAUGAGACUUUUUCGCCGGCGAAGGGGAUGGAGAAAACUGCGCGAGGACCCGAGUAUUGUUGAUUUGACAUUUGCGGAGGAAUUAUUAAUAGAGAAUGCGAAAAACAGGACUACUCGCCCAAGACGUGUCUUGUUGGUUCGCCAGAGAAUUCAACAGUUCUUGGCACAUUUCAGGAGCCUUGUUUGCUACCAAGAGUUGAGAGAGGACUGGUUACAUCAACCGGAGCCACUCAACGACGGCGUCCCUUUUUACGUCAAGUGGCUGGGGACUCGGCGUGUUUUCGAUGCUAAGGGGUCCGGCUGCACUGAUGAUACUGUCAGGGAAAUCGUGGAGGAAGCAAAACAUCUUAAAAUGUCACACCACGAGGCCAGGCUACAGAAAGUGCUGCUGACUGUAUAUACCAAGAAGAUCACAAUCGCUGAUAUGGAGACAAAGGUGACGAAGCUGGAAGCGCCCAUCUACCGGGUUUCCUAUUGCACCGCUGACCCCUAUUUCCCAAAAGUGUUUGCCUUCAUCGUACGUGAGCAGAGCUCGCGUAAAUUGUACUGUCACACAGUCCUCUGCAGUAAGGAGUCUAUGGCUAAAGCUAUAGCGCUGACAGUCGCAGACGCCUUCACCGUCGCGUACGAGUCUGUGCAGAAUAUAGUACAGAGGACGCAACAAGAAACCUCCCCGCAACACCGCGGCAACCUUGUGGCGACAUCUUCCACCAAUAUCACAAACAAAGUCACAGAAGAGGUAUCCGUGCAGCCACAAGAUGAUGGGUCCAAGUCUUCCCCUUGCUGCGGCGAGUCUAAGAACCCUUUCAGAGCAGACGAUGACAACGACGAUUUGUCGUACUCUACGACAAACCCAUUUACCCAAGCGGAAGUAACGUCAUCGUUAACGGAAACCUCCGAUGGGAUGCCUGCUAUCCACGUGGAGGGGUGUGAGAGGGGAAUUGUCAAUGAAGGAUUGGAUGCAUCACAGCGGAUGGAAACUUUGGAUUUGACUGUUGACGAAGACUUCGAUAUGGAAUUCACAAGACUUGCCAAGGCGCGCUCAAGCACAAACCUGUUUGAGACGCCAGUGAGACGAACAGACUUCCAGGACGACGUCACAAGUCUCCUAGCAACAGAACACACAGCCAUGGACUUUCUCAAAUCAGGAUCCGCCGAGGACUUAUUCGCUACUCAUGACCAUAUGACUUAAACGAUGGAAGAAAGAAAGCGCUGGAUCCUCAAGCAUGGCCUUUUAGUUGUCCUUAUCAACAGCAGUACAGGAACAAAAGGAGUCAUAGCAACAUCAGUCUCCUAACAGAGGGAGUCAUAGCAACAUCGGUCUCCUAACAGAGGGAUUCAUAGCAACAUCAGUAUCCUAACAGAGGGAGUCAUAGCAACAUCAGUCUCCUAACAGAGGGAGUCAUAGCAACAUCAGUCUCCUAACAGAGGGAGUCAUGGCAACAUCAUUCUCCUAACAGGGGGAGUCAUAGCAACAUCAGUAUCCUAACAGAGGGAGUCAUAGCAACAUCAGUCUCCUAACAGAGGGAGUCAUAGCAACAUCAGUAUCCUAACAGAGGGAGUCAUAGCAACAUCAGUCUCCUAACAGAGGGAGUCAUAGCAACAUCAGUCUCCUAACAGAGGGAGUCAUGGCAACAUCAUUCUCCUAACAGGGGGAGUCAUAGCAACAUCAGUAUCCUAACAGAGGGAGUCAUAGCAACAGGGGUCUCCUAACAAAGAGAGUCAUAUCAAAAGCAGUCUUCCUUCAUCAGAAACCUGAGCAGUAUUGACUAGUACCAGUAGUCCCUUAGUAACAGUGGUUGCCAUUAAUCUCCUAGCAACACGCAUAACCUUUGUAUGUAUCAGUAGCCUCUAACUAAACUAGCUAGUAAGCUGAAGUUUUGCCACACAGCUAUUAAAACAAAAUAGAUUCUAGGAGAAACCGAGUGUAAUAGAAGAACUCACCUGUACUGCAACAAAACAAAAUUCUUUUGUGAGGUUAUUCAACAAAAAUUUUAAUUAAAAAAAUCCACAUACCCGUGAAAAA